AUGUCGACUGUCGCAGACGAUCUCCUCAACGAUUUUGGGAGCUCAGGCGAUGAGGCCGAAGAAGAACUCAACGAUGGCCUCAUCAAGGAUGAAGAGGCAACCAGCAACCGUGACGCCAUGCAGUUAGAUGGCGACGCGGAGACGAGGGACGAUGAAGAUUCGGAUGAGGGAAUGAACGACAGAGAAGACUCCGAAGCAACAAAAGUAAAGGUCGAGAAGAUGCAGCUUGGAGGAGUAAAGGAUGUUAGAAGCGUUGCCAACCUCAUGCAAACGCUUGAACCAGUUCUCGAGGUUAGUACUGCCCCCUUCAAACCGAGCCGCAUCAACGGUCGCAUCUUGAUGGACGAUUCGUUUACAUCUGUUCUUUUGACGGAUAGCCCUGACGUAUUGCCUCGGACGCUACAGAGAAUCGCACAUUACCGAUCGCAAGCCGCGACGCAGAAUACCAACGUCGGAAACAUCGAAGAUCAUCCCGAGUAUCAUCUUCUGACGCAGUCCAACAGCCUUUCGACCCAGAUCGAUGGCGAGGUUGUCCUCGUUCAUAAGUUCAUUCGCGACCACUACUCGACGAGGUUUCCCGAGCUCGAGCGACUUGUCACGACGCCAAUCGAAUAUGCCAAGGUCGUUGCCAUCAUCGGAAAUGGUCCGUUGGAUUCGGAGAGUAUCAAGGCCCUGCAGACUUCGACUGACAACCCGCUUGGAAUAACACUCAAGUCCGUCCUUGAUGGGCCGUCACUCAUGAUAGUGACGGUGGAGGCCACCACAUCAAAGGGCCACGAGAUGACACCCGAAGAGCUUGAGCGCGUUUACAAGGCAUGCGAUAUGGUUAUUGCCCUCAACAAGGCCAAGCAGACUCUCGCCGAGUACGUGCAGUCGCGCAUGAACAUUUUUGCGCCAAACCUGACAGCCCUUGUUGGUUCUCUUACGGCCGCCCAACUCCUCAACGCGGCAGGGGGCCUGACAGGUCUCUCCAAGACGCCUGCUUGCAACAUCGCCUCUUGGGGAUCCAAGAAGAAGCACUCGGGGCUUGCUACGAACAUAGGUGUUCGGCAGCAGGGCUACCUUUACAACUCGGAGAUGAUCCGAGGCAUUCCCACCGACUUGAAAAAACAAGCCUUGAGAAUCGUGUCGGCCAAGCUAGUUCUGGCUGCCCGGGUUGAUCGUACACACUCCAGUCCUGAUGGAUCCACAGGAGAGGAGCUCAAGUCAGCAUGUCUUGAGCGUCUUGAGAAACUGACAGAGCCACCUCCCAACAAAGGACAGCGUGCGCUCCCUGUGCCAGACGAUAAGCCAUCCCGCAAGCGAGGUGGACGACGCGCUCGCAAGGCUAAGGAGGCUCUCGCUAUGACUGAUCUUCGCAAGCAGCAAAACCGUAUGGCAUUUGGCAAAGAGGAGAGGGAGGUUGGAUACGGCACUGGCGAGUCGACUGUUGGUAUGGGAAUGAUUGGUCAGUCGAACGACGGCCGCAUUCGCAGUACGCAGAUCGACCAGCGCACACGCGCAAAGCUCAGUGCCAAAAGCAAGGGCUGGGGCGGAAACAGCACCGUGGGUGGUGCUGCGUCGUCUAUCGGUGGUUUUGGCCAAGCAUCGAACAUUGAUCUACGAGGGCGCGGCUUACGAGCCUCGGGAGUUGGCAGCACCAUCGGUUCAGCAACCGGCACAGCAUCGUCUUUGUCAUUCACGCCCGUCCAAGGUCUGGAGCUUGUUGACCCCAAGAUGCAGGCAGAGCUCAGCAAGAAGCGCAAGGCCGAGGAGGACCGCUGGUUCAAGGGCGGCAGCUUCACACAGGUCGGAGGGUCGUCGAGUGGAAGCGUUUUCAAGGUGCCGGCGCUCCCAGCAGCCAAACGCGUCGAUACAGGGUCAACCAAAACGGGUGCAUCAGCAUCAAAAUAA